AUGGAACCUGCAGAAAUUGAAUUUUUGGCCGAAGAAAAAUACAUAACAAUAAUUCCUAGAUUUCAUUGUAGAAAAACAUAUUUCAUAACAGGAGAAUUGGGACCUUUUCGUGCAGGUAUUCCAUUAAAAGUACCUUUAUGGUUGGCUCGGGAUUUAAAAAGACGACAAAAAUGCCACGUUUUAACACCGGAAUGGUUGGAUUUAGAAAAUUUAAGUCAACUCAAUGCUGAUGAAGUUAAUUCUGUUAAAUUUAUCAAAUUGCCAAGUGAAAAUUAUUUCAUUGGUGCCAAAAUAAUAUUGGGCUUUGGAGUUGAUGUCAAUUUUUUUUCAUUAAUGACAGCAGUUAAAGAUUUGUGGGAUAAAAGAAAAUCAAAGUUGGAAGAUGCAGCAGAAAUGUUUUUAGGAAUCGGAAUGGAUCAUGUUGUUGCUCCUAAAAUUACAACUGCAGAAAUUAACAUUGUGAGACCUCUACUACCAGAAUUAACUGAUUUUUUGAACAGAUUAGCAAGUACUGAAAUCACAAGGCCUGAAAGACUUGAAGAUUCUGAAAAUAGUUUAGAUGAAUCAUUCAAUUAUAGCAAUAUUAUUUCUUCUUUAAAUGUCGGCUCUAUUAGCACAAUUGAAUCAUAA